AUCAGAGACCAGGAGGGAGCGGAGAGAGGUGGAAGCAGUCUACGCUCAAGCUAGAGCCAAGAUCGUGAACUCUGAGCAAGAUUCCAGGGACCAGGUGACAGAUUAGAAAAGAUCUGAGGCCUGAGUGUGGCAACUCUUAACAUGGCAAAGAGUGGGGAUUCUGCUCACAGGAAGACAGAGGACUUCAUCUCAGCUGCACCCUGCUAUCGUCAUCCCAUUCAGCAAGACCCCAAUGAGGGCUACAGUGGCAAAUUGGAGGGUCUCAACAGUAUUAAGUGUUCCCCUCCUGAAACUGAACAAAACGGUGAAUGGCAACAAAACAAAGUUCCAACAGUGUACAAAGCCUGUGCUCAGAGAAAUGUCUGGGAAAUGCUAACGACCAGAGUGGAAGAAGAAGAAGAAAUUAGUGAAGCGGAUGUAAUUGAAAGGAAUGAAGUCAUGAUUGGCUGCUGCUGGGGCUUUCUGGGUAAAGUGGAUCCGCUGUCUGGAUGUUCUCGGCUGGACAUCAAUCACCAAGACCAGGAUGGAAACACAGCCUUGAUAACUGCAGCUCGGGCAGGGGCAGAUGUGCAGGCCAAUGACCCCCAUCGAGGCAGAACCACACAAGGGUGGGCCCUGCCCGCUGGGAGGUUUGAAGAUUCUCUCCAAACCAAGCAGCCGCUGGGGCGGACCUAUGCCAGACAAGUUGAGGUUGGAUAUGCUCCAGAAUGGUCAGAUCACAAAGAACUGUCUGUGAAGGGAAAGACAUCAGAAUUUCAGUCAGAGAAAAUUACCAAUCAACUGAAAUCCAUGCUGAGAAUAAAAUUUCCAUUCAAUCCAGAAAAGGGUGGCGUGCUGGACUAUGCAGUCAAGGUAACCACCAAUCUAUUCGUUGCCACCACCUGCAUGAACAAUUGUCCAACAAGCUCCCCAGUUGUUGGAACGCACCAAGAUGCAGUGACCAAAAUAAGGAAGUGUUUCUCUCUGACUCAGGUGCCUGAAACUCUUCAGCAAAGCAAACACGUGAAAGAGCCUGCUGGAGACAUAACCCCUUCCAUCUACCCUGAGAAGAGAAAUGGAGCAAGGCCAAAGCAGAGGUCCCAGCCGAUCAGCUCUAAAGCUGCUGGAGCUCAUCCGAUUGACUUUCCCUCCCUGUCUUUACCCAACAGGAAUUGUGCUGUGCCCACCAGCUGCAUUCCCCAGAUUGAGCUCAUCAAGGCUUCACCCCCCACAUAUGAAAGAGAGGACAAGCGAUUGUCAAAGAACAAGAAUUUACUCACCCUUCCAAAAUGGAAGUACCAGCAAAUGAGGGAAGACAGAAAAGCAGCCAAGGCUCUGAAAAAUCAACUGAUGGAAAAGAAUAAGAGAGCACAGAAGUACAGCACUGUGUCAUAGAGCCAUUGGGUCAUAGCACAGAAACAGGCUCUUCGGCCCUCCUAGCCUGUGCUCAACUAUUAUUUAGCCUAGUCCCAUCAACCUGCACCUGGACCAUAGCACUCCAUAUUCUCUCAUCCAUGUAGAACGUAAGACAUAGGAGCAGAAUUCGGCCAUUUGCUUAAAUGUUGCAUUCAAGCCCUCAUCCACCACUUCUGCUGGCAGUUUGAUCCAAACGGAGUGAAGAUCCCCCCUCAGUUUCUGCUUAAAUAUUUCACAUUUCACCCUUAACCUAUGACCUCUAGUUCUAUUCCCAUCCAACCUCACUGGAAAAUUCCUGAUUAUUUACCCUAUCUAUACCCAUCAUGAUUUUAUAUACCUCUUUCAAAUCACCCCUCAUUUGCCUUUCGCAUAAAGUCCUAACCUAUUCAACCUUUCCUCAAGUCCUGGCAGCAUCCUUGUAAAUAUUUCUCUGUACUCUUUCAACCUUAUUGGUAUCUUUCCUGUAAGUAGGUGACUAGAACUACAUAUAAUAUUCCAAAUCAGGCGUCACCAAUGUCUUAUACAACUUUAACAUAACAUCACAACUCUUCUGCUCAGUACUUUAAUUUAUGAAGGCUAAUCUGCCAAAUGCACUCUUUAUGACCCUAUUUACCUGUGACAUUACUUUUACGGAAUUAUAGGCCUGUAUUCCCAGAUCCGUCUGUUCUGCCACACUCCUCAGUGCCCUACCGUUCACUGUGUAAGACCUACCCUGGUUGGUCCUACCAAAGUGCAACACCUCACACUUGUUUGUAUUAAAUUCCACCUGCUGUUUCUCUGGCUCAUUCAGAUCCCACUGAAAGCUUUGAUAGCCUUCCUCAUUGUCCACUAUAUCUCCAAUCUUGGUGUCAUCCGCAAAUUUGCUGAUCCAGUUUAUCAUAUUUUCAUCCAGAUUGUUAAUAAAGAUGAGAAACAACACGACCCAGCAAGGUUCCCUGCACCGUACCACCAAUGUGUGAAGACAAGACACUUGCUGAUGUUUACCAAGCACUUUCUGAACUUUGUCAAAUGACAAAUCCUUCUCUUUGAGUUUUCAGCAUUUGGUAGAACACUGACUGUUGCUGUUUCUGGAUGUGCUUCAACAUAAGAAACAUUGUGUGCCACCAGAUAUGUAGCCUGAUAUAUUUACAGAAACAAACCAGAGAGAUGGGAUCAAAGGUUUCUCCAUCUUGUGUAGGAGGUUAUAAGCAAUGAGUGCAAACAGCAUCCUGGCAAAGGUGAUGGUCUCAAGCCCAAUCAUUGUGGCUAAAGAUCUAACUGAAGCCUCUAUCCAAACUUCUGCAGAAUGUGAUGGAGAAUGAGUUGCAGACAGGAUGAGUUGGACCAAUUACCUCAAUGAACACAUAACAUUAUACAGAAAGAUUUGGGGAUGGGCCCAGAUAGAAAGAUAGUGCGGAUCUGGAGUCUAAGUCUAAAUCCAAAGCCGUGAGGGUGUAAGACUUUCAUUCUGGCGGGUCAGUGUUAUGCACAAGGGACGUUGUUCCAGCACAGAAGCUGGGACUCAAGCCAAGUCUGACUGCUUGAGACUUCUCUUGAACAUGAAUCUAUUACAUGUGUUCCUCAAUGAGGAACAGCAGGUUCGAUCAGAAUGUAUCAGUGCCUUAAAAGUUGUGCCAGGAGGUCACAUGGGCAUUUAGUCAUUGCACUCCCCCCUGACUGGUAGAUCAUGGCCAAAACAGCAGGAAAGUCAGAGAAGCUGGCUGUCAAUCAGAUGGCCAACAUAAACAAGAGCAAACACAUGCAAGCCUUGUUUGAGCCUUGAACUUGGAGCCAUCUUACUUCCAGUGUAAGGAUCACACUGAGUUUUCAGCAUGUGACUGCGUAUGGCUAUACCAUUGGCUAAGAGAAGGCUAGUGAAGGCGAGGAAUAUGGGGAAGGCACGUAGCUACAUGUUGGGGGCAUUGGGUGGCUGAGAGCAGCCCGAGGUUCUGCCUUCUGUGUCUCUUGAAUGACACCCAAUGGAAAGUAAGGCACAUAGAAUAGCUUGGGUUUGGCCAUGAACCUCACUCUAAAGAUCCACACUGGUAGAAAAGUCAGGCAGGCGACCACUGAUAAAUGAUAUGAACAGACGCCUUCAGGAGGAGUAGGGAAAGUGAGACAGAGAAAAUGAAUUGUAUUUUUGACAUUGUAUAUUUUUAACAUAUUAUCAUGUGUGGUGUAUCAACAAGCAACAGCAAAAGUAGCAGACUUAAUCAAUAAUAUUAACAUAUAAAAGGUAUUGUGUGUAAUCGUGUUAGAAUGGACAGUGAAGGUAUUUUACCUUGAGGUUUGUUGUUGAUCAGAAUUCAUUGCUUUAUUUCUGUGAAUGAAUAUAUUUUGUAUAAGUACACUGUAUGUUAAGUACAAUAAAAUUAAGACUAA